AUGGAUGCAGUUAGGCAUGAUCAAGGAAUACAGAACGGAAAGAACGAUACUGGCAUUCUAUCGGGGUUGCCAUAUACGGAAGAUGUGGCUCUAUUAGAAGAGCGACGAAGGACUUUUUGGGCCUUAUACAUUCUGCAGAGCUAUGUCAAAACACGGACAGGCUGGGAUUGUCAAUUGGGAGACGUCAAGGACUUCCGUGUCUGCCUGCCAUCGCCAGGGUUGUUAAGCUCCGGUCUAGAGCCGCUCAGGAUGCCAUAUUUGCUAGAUGUGAGUACCGAGUCCGGCUCUGAGAUUACGUCCUACGCAGGCUGUGUUCUCAUGGUCGAGCUGGCUUUGUCCUGCUUCGACCGUGAUCAACAGCACGGCAUUCCAGGUUUCUGGGACGGCUAUUGCACCCUAGUCAAGAAGGCAGAAGAUCUUUCUGUCAUUCUCAAACAUCAUCUUAACGCCACAUCCAUUCGCGAAGACCCAAUAGCUUUUAGCCUUUACAUGAAUUUGCGCGCUACCGAGAUCUUCUUACACGAUAUGGCCAUCAUGAAAAGCGAAGAGCAAGGACUUCCACCAUAUAUGAGAAUCGAGAACCAACGCCGCGCUACUGCUGCUGCAUUCCAGAUAUGUAACGCAGUAGGCCUCAAUUUGCCGUCACCACGGAAGGCAAACAGCGACAUUAUCAUGCUGCAAGCGAUAUUCAUUGCUUGGCCCUUAUUCAUGGCAUUGAAAGCGUUACAUCGCGAACUCAGAGAUGGAGAGGUUCAGGGAACUACAAACGGCGUCGUGGCCGCGUCCAAAUUGCUCUUCGCAGCUCUAGACCAUAUUGAGGAAUCGGACGGACACUGGCACCAAUCGUUGACCCAUGUUGGUACAAAACUGCAGGAAUGGGAAGAGAAGACUGAGUUCAACUCAUCUGCUCUGUGA